CAGGUAGGUUACAGGUAGGUUAGGUUACAGGUAGGUUAGGUUAGGUUACAGGUAGGUUAGGUUAGGCAGUUCAGUCCAGUUCAGUGCAGUUCCGUUUAGUGUGUAAUUAGUAUGAAAGGUUUUUCAUGUCUUUUUCAAUAAGACUUCAAUAAUAUCAUUUUAUUUUUGCAGGAAAUCUCAACUGAAAUUCUAUACCGUCGACAGAGUGUGGAAAAUCUGACCGAAGACGGAUACGAUAUACUGGAUGGAUGUCUUGAUGUGGACAGUAUGGAAACAAAGAAGCGUUUGAUAGAUCUGCGUCAGAGAUGGGAUGCUCUGUACCAAACUACGAUGGAAUAUGAAAUUAAGACAGAAGUCGGGUUGAAACCUUUGCAAGAAUUUCAAAUUGCUUGCAGUGAGUUUGAGAAAUGGCUUGAAGCUGUUGAAGGGAAUUUGGCAUUCUUGAUGGUUGGUGUUGGGACUACGCAAGAAUUGACGCAACAAAUUGAAGGAUGUCAGGUAAGGGACCGUUCAUUUUUUAUGGCGAGUGGUGGCACCGAAGAGAAAUGUUUUUCUUGGUAAAAAUGUUGCUAAUCCGACCAUUGAAAAGUCAAAAAAAAUUUUACCCAACCUCAAAUAUCAAUUAAAAAAUAAAUACCCACCCCUGGCCAAAAACUUUACAAAAGGAUACCAUUCAGUUGUCACACCUGUCCUUUGCCACUUCUGUGACAUGAGUUUGAUAACUACUUGUGCAAGUUUUUUGCAGUCUAAAGUUUCAUCUUGUCUGCGCAUGUACUUUCUUUGGAAACACCAUAUUUGCCUACUGACAAAUCGGAAAAUGAUCAAGACAGUGACUCUGAUUAAUUUACAUAUUGUAUUGACAUAUGACUGUUGACAUUGCUUUUUAGUCUUCAAUAUUUAAGUGAGUCAUGCUUUGGAAAUGACAAUAAAUUUUUAUUACCCAACCCUUGAGUUAUUUUGUUUUUCAUUUACCCAACCUUUUACUCACUCAAAAUUUUGUUUACCCAACACUUUUCUCUUUGGUGCCAUCUCCCGAAUGUAUUAAGUGUAUUGAAUGAAAUCUUAGGAAUAACAGUUAACAGUUAGUUAACAAAAAGAAAAUAAUUUUCCAGGUUGUAGCCGAUGAUUUGACAAACCACACGAAAGAUCUGGACGAUUUAAUAUGGCAAGGAUCUCAGAUAUCAGCAAGUGGAAAAUUGUUUUCACACAGUGAGCUCAAAACGAAGUUGAAGUCCUUGGAUCAGCGAUGGCAGGCUUGUCAGAGUAAAGUUCAAGAACGCUUGGUUGCAUUGCAAUCCGCCCAGGAUGAUUUCGCUGACAAAGAAUUGAGAUUUCUCGAUGUGUUUUCUCAACUUGAUAAAAUCUGUAAAAGUGUACACGAGGAGCAAAUAUCAAAGGAAAGGACAAAAGAGAGCUUGGAAAAGUUUUCGGAAAUUUAUGAGGUACCUGUAUAUAGUUUAAAAUUCUAACUUAUUUAUACCAGAUCACUGCAAACAGGACGAUUUAUUGGAAUCAAAACGCUGAAAUGCAUGCUACACGCGUAAUGAUGAAAACAGGAUUGAACAAUGUUUUGCUGCCCACAUUGUUCAGAGUUGUCAACAAUCUUGAACAAUAUUGUUACACCCGAUUCAGGCUCAACAAUAUUGUUCAAUAUUGUUGACAAGUGUGAACAACGUGGGCAGCAAAACAUUGUUCAAUCCUGUUGAGCAGCGGGCUCGGCGUUUUUUCUCGUGUAAUGAAGCGUCAGAUUGGCCCCAUGUGCAGUAAGUACUAAUAAAGUAAACAAAUUAAGUAAAUGCCCAUAAGGAUCAGCUGCUCAUAUUUUAACUGGUGCAACUCAGCAACCCCCAAUGCAUAUUUAAUCCGUUUUAGGACGCCCAACAAGAGAUAAGCAAGCUGAACGUUGCUGCUACAAUUGGUGCUUUCAAAGAGUUAGGUCAGCAGUAUAACAUUAUUGAUAGUCGGAAACUUCGUGAACAUUGUAACGAACUGGAGUCAAAAUGGCGGGAAGUUGAAAUAAUUUUACCACAGCGAGUUACAGUUGUUCGAGAAGAAAUUCGUACUUGGAUAGAAUUUGAUGAAAAGGUAGAGGAAUUGCAGUCGUGGCUCGUGGAAGUUCAGGAAAUGUGCGAGGAAUGGAAGACGCAGGAAAACUCUGCAGUUCUGAUCCAAAAUCUUGAGGUAUGGCCGUUCAAAUUCAAAUCUAAUUUCGAAUUCAAAUUUAUUUUGAUGAAAGUGGAUUUUGACAAACAACAGCGAUGCCCUGGUCAAACGAGAACAAGAGUUGCAUGAGAGUUGAUGACAGUUGAGAAGCGAGAGUCUCAACUCUCACGCCCCUGUCAAACGAGAACAAGAGUUGCAUGAGAGUUGAGAAGCGAGAGUUUGCAUCAGAGUUUUCUCAACUCUCACGCCCCUGUCAAACGAGAACAAGAGUUCCAUGAGAGUUGAGAAGCGAGAGUUUGCAUGAGAGUUUUCUCAACUCUCAUGCCCCGGUCAAACGACAACAAGAGUUGCAUGAGAGUUGAGAAGCGAGAGUUUGCAUCAGAGUUUUCUCAACUCUCACGCCACGGUCAAACGAGGACAAGAGGUGCAUGAGAGUUGAGAAGCGAGAGUUUGUAUGAGAGUUUUCUCAACUCUCAUGGCCCGGUCAAACGAGAACAAGAGUUGCAUGAGAGUUGAGUUUGUAUGAGAAUUUUCUCAGCUCACAUGCCCCUGUCAAACGAGAACAAGAGUUGCACGAGAGUUGAUGAGAGUUGAGAAGUGAGAGUUUGCAUGAGAGUUUUGUCAACUCUCAUGGCCCGGUCAAACGAGAACAAUUUUGUUUCCGCAACAAUGUUUCCACGGGUGGGCAAACAGGGAAACAUUUGAGGAAACAUCGAGAAUCACAAAUAUUUCCACAACAAUAUUUCCUAGUUUGCCCAGGGCUUUAGGAAACAUUUUUGCUUCCCAGGAAGCAAAUUUUGUUUCCGCAAUAAUGUUCCACGGGUGGGCAAACAGGGAAACAUUUGAGGAAACAUUGAGAAUGACAAAUGUUUCCACAACAAUGUUUCCACAACAAUGUUUCCUAGUUUGCCCAGGGCUUAAGACUUCUUAUCAUUUAUAUCCGUAUAGAAACUUCAAGCUGGAUUUCGGGAACGACAAAGCGACUUCGAGGCUUUGGUUGAAGAAAGUCGUCAUCUCCGAGAAACUGUUUGUGACGAGAAUGAGCAAGAGAGAUUGAACGUCACCUUAACACAUCUCACUCAGUGUUGGGACGAGUAUUCCCGUUGGGCCGCUGGACGAUAUCAGUUAACUGUACUGUCAAAUCAUUAUCAGAAGUCUUCGACGGCGGUGGUUAAGUAUUUGGAUAAAAUACAGAGCAAGAUGAACACGAUUGAAAUUCCAAAACCUGUUGUGGAAAAAAUUAAUGAAGAGAGCGAGAAAGCCAAGGUUUGUUGGAUGAUCUCGAAAUAGCACAAACGAAAAAUUUAUCUUGCUUUCUUUAUCAGAUCUAAACAGUUCACCUUAGAGGUCCAGCAAGCCCUUGUUGGUCCAGUGUUAUACUACAUGAUGAGCCGGAGUACCCCGAGAUUAAAUCCUGCAGUGUUUGAUAGAGUCAAACACAAAUAAAGGUUGGUCCUUCUGGACCUUUAUCCGAUCGCAAAGAACUGAUCGGAUUAUGCACUGUAAAUAUGUACGAGCGUAAUUUUCGAGAACUGAAUAGUUUUCCCGAUGUUUUUACUGUAAUAUCUCGACGAGGACCAGUGUACUAUAGGUGGUAUUGUAGAAUAAGGCCACGGUCAAACGUCGAACUUUUCAUGCGCCGAACCUAAUGCAAAUGAAGUGAAACAAAGAACUUAGCUCAUUAACAUUAGGUUCGGCGCAUGAAAAGUUCGACGUUUAACCCUGGCCUAACCUGCCAUGUUCUGUUUCUGAACUACCUGAAAACGACGAGUAAAACCAUUCGAUUUGGUGAUAUAUGACAUAAAAUUUGGCCCUUAUUAUUCCAGCUUUUGGUUCAAAAUUGGAGUGAGAAGUGCCAAGACCUAGACGUUGUAUUUAAAGACGGGCACUUGAUGUUGGAGCAAAAAUCACUCGGUGAAAGUCUCGCUUUUGAUGAAGAAUUAAAAAGUCUGGAUGACAAUUGGAAGCACGUUCUUAGCCAAGUGGAAACACAGAAACACGACGUCGAGGUUACGGCAAGGAAAUGGUGGGAUUUUACAAGAAAUAAAAUGAAAAUGAUGCGUUGGUUACAUCGAAAGGAAAAUGAUGCUGGUUUAGGUGAACCGUUGGCUUGCAUUGUCGAGAAUCCGCAAGAGCAAUUGAACAACUAUGAGGUAUGUCAGUGAUGUUAAAAUGAUUUUAUGUUCAUUUUUGUAUAGCUCUUAGCCUCAGCUGUUCUCCAGGAAGAAUCAUUUCCUAUUGAUAGUGUUAUUAUAGGAGAAAACCUAUACUAGACUGACACUAUUUAUGCUGAAUAGCUGUAUCUAACUUUGCAACCGUACAAAAGUACAAACUACACACGUAAGAAUUUUACAACUUCUCCACAAGAUGUAACAAGCUUGUCAACGACAAGAUGUGUUUGCAACAGGCUUGUAACAAGCUUGUCAACAAGUUGUAACAAUCUCGUUAUCUUAUCAAGUUCCCAAGAAGUUGUCAUUAAAUUGAGGUGUAAAAUUGAGGUGUAAAAUUGAGGUGUAAAAUUGAGGUGUAAAAUUGAGGUGUAAAAUUCUGCUGCAGGUUUGGUACAACUUAUGCGCUUUUACUUGUGUACCCUAAAUUCGAAUAUUGUAAUGAGAGACAAAGUUGGCUGAGAAAUAUUUUUCAACUCUUCUAGGAUAUCCUAGAGCGUAUCAAUGUCCGAAAAUCAGACCUUCAAAUGUUAAACGAUGCUGCCUCGAGUAUAUUGGAGUCCGACCCUGACGAAGACUUGACCGAAUUCCUAAACACCGUCAAUGAGCGCUUCAACAAUUUAGAAACUGAAGUCUCACGAAAGAGAGAUUUCUUUGGCGACUUAGUUCAACGAUGGAACAAAUUUUCGGACAAAAAACGAAGGAUUUCCGAGCUCUUCCGUGGAACUAGUUGUCUCAUCGUAAGGAAACAAAUUCGUAGCACGGACGAAGUUCGCGAUCAGCUGGUGCAAUGUCAAGAAGCGAUCGUUCAAUUACAAAACAAAGAGCCAGAUUUGAGUGAGGUCACGAAGGAAGGCGGGAAGUUGAUAACGGAACUACGUAACGAGGGAAUGAAUGUGGAUAAAAUGGAACGUGAGCUACAUACGGUGGUAAAUAGGUACAACGAGAUGAAAAGUCGUGCUUUGAAAAAGGAGGAAGUGCUACAACAUGUUUCGGAGGAAAUGGAGAAAAUUGACGAAGGAAAGAUGGAAUUAGAAAGUUGGUUGACAAGUGUUCAUCAGCAGUUAAACUCGGUAGACGAAGUCGAGACUGUUUCACAAGCCAUUCAGCAUGAAGUUUUGGUUAAGCAUUCGCUUAUUCGAUCAGUAAGCGCUCAAGUGUUAAAACUACAAGCAACCUCGAACGAAGAAGCCGAACUAGAUUUAACAGAGAUGCUUCAGCCACUACAUGUACAAUGGAGAAGUCUUCAAAAUCUCGUCAACUUACCAAACUCUUCCCUGGAAAGCGAACAAAAUAUUCCGUCCAGAUGGAAGUCGUACUCACAAGAUGAUCUCGGCAGUUUGGACACGUUUUCUGAAGACCUAGGGCUGAGCCGCGAUGAUGUCAUGGAGUCUGGGGGAGACCCAAUGUAUGAGGAUUACCAUGAUGCUUUGGGAGAUUUAGAUAACUGGAUAAACAGGUUGAACGAGUUUCGUGAAUGUCUGCACGGGUAUGUGUAUUGUCCUGAGGAUACGCUGUUUGAAGUGGAGCAGAAGUUGAAUAUCGUGCAAACGGUAGGCAUUCGUGUUUGUGGUGUGAGUUUACUAACUUUAUUAAUUAAUUAAUUAAUUUAUUUAUACUGGACAGCUCUGUCACUUCUAAACUGUUUCUUUCUAGAGGUCCAAUAAAGGCUAUCACUUAUUGAUCUAGCGUUAACCGGACGAAAUUGGAAUACCUUGAGCAAGCCUUGCAGUGUUUGUGGUAGAGUCAAACUAGAAGCACUCUUCUCACAUGUGACUGAGGUGAAAUUCUAAUCACUGCGUAUUGCAGGAAUCGAGCCCUAGUCGCAGAGAUGAAGGCACAUGCACUUACGGACUUACCACACACUUCGCCUUUCUCGCAAUAGAGAAUGGCUCUUUCUCGACGUCUUCGAACAAUAGGUUACAACUGAUAGCUAUCCAGUAUAAAUUUUGACUCUAUGUCCACUGGGGCCUAUCUAUCUGUUUGUUUGUUUGUUUGUUUGACUGUCUGUUUGUUUGUCUCCGUUUUCAAAAGCCAGAACUGCUUUUUCAAAUGCCAAAACUCCGUUUUCAAAUGCCAGAACUCUGCUUUCAAAUGCCAAAAUUCUGUUUUCAAAUGCCAAAACUCAUUCUUCAAAUGUCAGAACUCCCUUCUUAAAUGCCAAAACUCCGUUUUCAAAUGCCAGAGCUCCGUUUUCAAAUGCCAGAACUCCGUUUUCAAAUGCCAGAACUCCGUUUUCAAAUGCCAGAACUCCGUUUUCAAAUGCCAGAACUCCGUUUUCAAAUGCCAGAACUCCGUUUUCAAAAGCCAGAGCUCCGUUUUCAAAUGCCAGAACUCCGUUUUCAAAAGACAGAACUCCGUUUUCAAAAGACAGAACUCCGUUUUCAAAUGCCAGAACUCCGUUUUCAAAUGCCAGAACUCCGUUUUCAAAAGACAGAACUCCGUUUUCAAAAGACAGAACUCCGUUUUCAAAUGCCAGACCUCCCUUUUCAAAUGCCAGACCUCCCUUUUCAAAUGCCAGAACUCCGUUUUCAAAUGCCAGAACUCCGUUUUCAAAAGACAGAACUCCCUUUUCAAAUGCCAGAACUCCGUUUUCAAAUGCCAGAACUCCGUUUUCAAAAGACAGAACUCCGUUUUCAAAUGCUAGAACUUCGUUUUCAAAAGACAGAACUCCGUUUUCAAAUGCCAGAACUCCGUUUUCAAAUGCCAGAACUCCGUUUUCAAAAGACAGAACUCCGUUUUCAAAAGACAGAACUCCGUUUUCAAAUGCCAGACCUCCCUUUUCAAAUGCCAGACCUCCCUUUUCAAAUGCCAGAACUCCGUUUUCAAAUGCCAGAACUCCGUUUUCAAAUGCCAGAACUCCGUUUUCAAAUGCCAGAACUCCGUUUUCGGUUUGAUAUAUGAAGAAUGACGUAAGGAAUGACGUGCUUUCUGAAAGCGUGUAUUGAUACAGUUUUAAGAAUAAAAUAAUGUAUAAUACUCUUUCCUUACAUAGAAUUUGCGAGAAGAACUAUCCACCUUAAUGUCUGAUUUUGACCAAGAACGACUCGUCUACCAAAAUUCAACUCAAGAGAAAGAUGAAGGGAUGAUAACGGAGACAGACAACAAGAUACAAGAAAUAGACACUUUCUUUGACUGCAUUGCAGAUGAACUUGAAAGAAUUGAACUAGAAUUACAAACUGUUUACGAUUGUCACGUUGAGUAUGACAGUGCUGUACAGGAUUGGCUGACGUGGUUUGCUGAGGCAAAAAACAAACUCAAUGCCUGUCAAAUGGAGGAGAUGAAUGGGCAAAGUAUUGAUCGCAAAGAUCAUGUCAUUCAGGUAGUGUUAAAAUAACUUUAUGCUGAUUAUCUCUGUUAGUUCUAAACUGUUUUCCCCCCAAACAUCCAUGCAUCGUGAUAUAUAGUACAGCAACUAUCGUACUAUAAUUAUGGACAAAUAUUUUAGGCUCUUUUAGACGAGAUGGACCAAGUCGACCUCAUUAGUGAAGUGUAUACGAAAGGCGAAACCUUACUCCAGACUGUGUCAGAUCCAAUCAAGACCAAACUUGAAAACCAACUGGCAGAGUUUGAGAAUGAUUGGGCAGAAUUCUGUGGGUCUGUCACCGAGUGUAGUAAUAAAAUUAAAGAAGAAGUCAAACGCAAACAGAAAUCAGAUGAUUGGAAAGAGUUUAAUGAAAAUCAUGAACAGAUAACCAGGAAGUUGAAACAUUUUGAGAGUUUGUUAAGCAGGGAAGUUCCAGAGAUGAACAAUUUGAACGAUGUGUCUGAAAUGUUACUGGAAAUUCAGGUAUGAUUUUAUAGUCGGAAAGCUUGCUUUUUGUGUGAUUUUAAGAUAACAAGCAUGAUUUGAUAAUUCACAACCAGCGAUUCGACACUCCAGUUUACUGUCUUUGUCAAAGAUUAUCUAAAGUCGCACGAAAUUUCUUCUGUGGAGAGAGUGUGGAUCUUUCCUGGAUCAAUAUUGAAAUGUGUCGUGAAUAUUAUUUGUUCGGGAAAUAAAAUUAAUUUGCCUAAACCACAGUGGCAAAAUUUGAUAUUAUACCUCGUUCCAGUGAUCUUACAAACUUACGUUUUCUGUUCACAGUGCCAUAAGAUAUUUGUUACCUUUUUAUUCAGAAUAUAUGCGAAAGCUUAGAAUGUGAGAAAUCCAAAUACGAGGAAUUAAAAACAACAAGUUUGGAGCUACCCCAGGAUACCGAUUCCCAUAAUCAGACAACGACUAAAUUGGAAAGCAUCGAGAUUUUGUUUAACAGAGUGCUAGAGCAGGCUGUGGUAAAACAAAAUUCGUUAGAGAAAGCCGCACUGCGACUGCAGGAAUUGGAUACGGGCAUCGAAAAUCUUUGCAAAGUUGUUGAAGAAAUCGAGAGUAUGUUAUCUUUGGAAAAGAUUCCAAUGACUGAUGAGGAGUUAAAAGAAAAUAUUGAACUUUGUCAGGUAUACCUUAAAUCCUAGAAUUUUUUUUAAAAACCUAACUAAACUAACUUAUAAUUAUAGCUGUAAAAUGACAUUUAUUUUGACUUUUAGGAAAACGCAGUUAUUCUUGAAUCACAAAAGGAAUUCAUCGAUAUUUUGAAACGAAAAGAAAUAUCGUUAAAAAACACUGAUUUGGCAAAAGAAAAUGAGACAACUAGCAAGCUACAGGAAUUCGUAGAAAAAUGGAAUAAAGUUUUUGAGAUAACAAACGAAAGAAAAGAUGUGCUUAUGAAAGAGAUCGAGCAACGUGAAUCGCGACAGAAAACGCUAAGCGAGUGUGUUGUCACUUUAAACAGAACUCGUGAGCUUUUAAACAAGAAUCCUAUGCAGUGUUUAAGUGUUGAUGAGGUUGAAAGUAUAAAACAAGCUUUAGUCGAACUCGAAUCAUGUGCAACAACUUUAGAAGUCGUUCAAACUGGAAUAAAUUCGAAUGAAAACGAGUUUAGUUCGCCAAGAAACAAACAGGAAGAAAUUGCCGCCAUUAUUUCUCAGUGCAAAGCGAUGAAAAUAAGUCUUUCAAACAAAUUAGGAAAACUGGAAACCAUUUUGAGGCAAGAGAGCGAGUUUAAUACUGAAACUGAAAAGCUUUUGGAGUGGAUAGCAUCAACCGAAAGUGUUUUAAUUGUGGAUUUUUAUUCUCUGACAGAGGGGGAGCGUCAAACGGCUGCUUUAGAACAAGAAACACUGGCUAAAGAAUUUUCUGCCAAGAAGACAACCAUUGAGAAUUUAUCAAGAAUUGGAAAUGAGUUAAAAUCUGCAGAAUGUGGGAAAAAUAUUGUCGGGAAAAUGGCCGAAUUGUCAGAGAAGUGGAAAGGACUGGAACGAAUAUUUUCCUCACAGGAAGAGCAUGUUGAAGAAUGCUUACGUCAGCAUCAGGCGUAUUACGACGCGGUUGAGCAAUUGUGGGACUGGAUGCAAGGGAUUGGAAAGCGUAUGAACAUUCAAAUGGAAAAAUCGGAGCCAAAUUAUAAGGAAGAACUCGUCGAGUAUUUGUCUAUGUUAAGGGAGAUGAAGGGUAGAUCAUUGUUAUUUGAAAAGGUUUUGGAAUCUGGUGAAGCAUUAUCAGCACGGCUUGCUGAAGGCGAAGGAAGUGAGAUUCAGGAACAGUUAGAACGGUUGACGUUUGAGUGGGAAAUGUUACGAAGCCAAGUCGUGGAAAGGUUGAAAGAAUUGCAUGAAAUUUUGGGAGAGGAGGCUUGGUUGAAAGAUAUUGAAGUUAAUCAAGAAACAUUGGAGGAAUUAAAGUCUUUAGGGAUCUUGGACGAAGGCCGUAAUGAUACGGUGUUAGUUAUGGGUGCGUCCGCCGAGUUUGUAGUUGAAGAGGCUGAAAUAAAUCGCAGUGAAAAUAACCUUGAAGUAAGAAAAGGGAGUGUUCAAGAAAGUGGGUUAGUUAGAGGUUCAUCUGCUGAGCUUGUGGGUGAAGAAACAGUAUCUGAUCAGAGUCAAAAUAAUAUUGAUUCUAUGGAAAGUUGUGAUUCCAAUAUUGAAAUAGGGAAAGACAAGAGUCAAGAGACCAAGGAUUUUUCAAUUCCUAAUUCGAAGCCAGAGCAUUUAGGUGAAGAAACUGAAUUGGAUAAGGUUUUAUCAACCGGCCAAUCGGCAAAAGAAACUAAACUACAAAAUACUCAACGUAUUGAAAUAAGGAAAGAGACAGAAGAUAUUCCUAAUCUGAUACCUGAUUCUUCUGAAAUCCCGACCAAAACUGAGGGAUGCGAUAUUUAUCACGAUACAAGAAAUAAUAACAUUGAAUUAAAACGAAUCGAAGCGAAAGCCUUUGUUGGAGACGAAACACCCCAAGGCAUCCCUGACGAGACCAGUCGAAUCGACGAGGGGAUCUACCCAGAUAAUUCUGUUCAAGCUUCAACUCCAAUUAAUACCAAUGGUAACGCAAUUGAUCCUCUCGACAACACAAGAAGUAUUAGCGAGGGAAGUGAGAGUUUUGUUCAAAUCCUAGUUCUUCCAACUGAUAAUAAUAGGAUUAGCAUUGAUUCCCCAGCUGAGACAAAUAGAAUUAGCGAAGACUACCCGGAGAACGCUGUUGAAGUUCCAAUCGAUAUUAAUAGUAACACCAUCGAAUCUUCUGCUAAACAUUUGGACGUUGAAAAUACUGACGAUAGUGCCUGCAGUGAGGUAGUUGACCAUACACCAUUGAGGGAAAGCGCACCAGACCAGAUUGAGUUAUUUAUGAAUGGGAUAAAAGACUCUGAAGAGUUUCUUGACUUUAUAGAAACCAAAAUACCGCAGUUAAGUGGCAGCGAAAGUUCAGGCAUUCUCAUCCAAGAGCUUUUAACAGAGUUUAUCGAUAGAGACCAGGAGUUUGAGAAUAUUUUGGAGACUGGGAUGACUUUAGUUCGUGAUAUUCCCGAAGAUGAACAGUUUGCAGUUGAAGAAAAGAUUAUCAUGGUUGAAGACAAAUGGAGAACUCUUAAGGAAGGACUCACCAAACGAAAGGCAGCUAUAGAAACUGCUUCACUGCUUGAGAAUAGACUCCAACAGUUUGGAAAAUUUGUCGAAGAGGUUUCUGAGUUUGUUUCAGGUAAAGAGGCUAACCAAGAAUGGUUAUUCACAGACGAAGAAGCAGGAUCCAUUAUCGAAUGUUAUCUUGGAAGAUUAGAACGCGAACAAGUAGCUUUAAAAGGACUAAUUGAAGGAACCAAAGACACUUUGGCAAAUGUGCCAGGAAAAACAGGUGAAAAAAUCGAAGAAAACUUAAGUCGGGUUUCUAAGAAUCAAGCCGAGUUAGCGCGUGGGUUAUUUGAGAAGAAAGCAAUAUUAGAACGAUGGUAUGAAUUUUCCUUGAUUCUUGAAGGUGUCGAAGGUGAAGUGGACGCAUUGACUGAUGAAUUGAAAGACCUAGUAGAAGGGGAUGAAUCUGAAUUUAUAAUGGAGAGUCACUUAAGUGAAAGCCGUGUACAUAUGUUGAAGAUACUGUUAGGAAGCUUAGAAGGAAAAGCAACGACACUUCGUCAAUUGUCCACGGAAUAUGAAGAUGUUCUUUGUUGUAGUUAUGAUUGUGAGAAAAAGUUUAAGGCACACGAGCGAAAUAUAUCUGAAAAAAUAGCAGUAGUUGCUGAUAGGCUUGAAAAACUGGAAAAUUACUUGGAAAGUUUUAAAGAACUUGAGGUUGAAACGAAUGAGCUGCAAGUCGAAGUACAGCAAGCUGACGAAGCUUUGUCGACGUUUGGCGAAGGUUUGUCGAUGUUCGAUGAAGUUGACUCAAAGGUCAACACACUCGAGAGGCUUUCCGAAAUGAAACAUUUAGAAGAAAAUAUUCUAAAACUGGAACCGCGGGUUAGGUUGGUGAAAGAAAAAAGUUUGGAACGAUUAGACAAGCUAGAUUACGAGAACUCCAGUUAUUGGUUUCAGGAAAAUGUGCAAUGUUUGGUGUCUCGUUACGAGAAAGCAAGAACUCGUGUAAAGGAGAAUCUAGAAUCGAUUGAGAAACGGGUUUCACUGAAAGAUCAGUUUGAAGUGAAAUUUCUGGAAAUUACUGCGUUCCUCGUGAAGGUCGAGGAGUAUUUGAACGAAGAUGAGGAGAUUCCCAGAAAUUUUGAUGUGACUGCAAAAGAGGUGGCUCUUCUAAAUGGAAGGAGAUUUUUGGAAGAAAUGGAAUCGGAGGAAGGUGGGUUAUGUGAAUUGAUGGAAAUCAGUGGAAAGUUGAGCAAAAUAGAAAGAAAUGACACUUGGAAAGAAGAAGUGCUGCAAUUAAAAGAGAGAUUUAACAUAAGAUUCAAAGAACUGAGAAAGAAUGUAAGCUGUCUUGAUGAGACCUUAAAGUGUUUCAACGAUUUUGAACAGAAAGUGGAAGAACUGUCUUCGCUUAUGUUCGAAGUGCAAGGAUUCCUUUACGGUGAAGGCGUAGAGACGAGAGGAUUGCAAGAUCUCUUGGAACUUGGAAGGUCUUGUCUUGAAAACGUGGAACAUAAGGAGGGGACGUUAUUGGAAUUAAAGAACAGAGUAGAAAGACUAACGGAGAGUUUUAACGAAGAAGAUAAAGAGGUUAUCAUUGCAGAGCUGGUAGAUCUUGAAAAGAAGUUGUCAGCUCUGAAGGUGAGUGUUAUAGAGCGGAUUUCAUCUCUUGAGGCUCUUGGGUCACGGCAUAACGUGUAUAAGAGUGAAAUGAAUGAAGUGAGGAAUGGAAUUUCAUCUUUGGAACAAGAAAUGAAGAUAAGCGGUGGUUCAGUAUUUGAUAAGGAAGGUAAAGGUGAAGAAUGUUCUAAACUUAAAGAAGAUAAACAGCCCGAAGAUAGUUUGUCACAACAACUGUCGCAUGAAAGUUUGUUAGAAAAACUACGCCAUCAAACUUUUUCACAAAAACUCGAGGAGUUUCGAACUCGGUUGCAGAAUUUGAACAAGUUAAAGGCACAAUUGGAGGAAGAAUCUGAGGAGAGUAAAGUAGACCUUGGUACCGCGCUAGGACUCGAACCACUUGAACUGACCUUUGCAGAUCUCGAAAGAAUCGACCAAAAGAAAAUGAACGAGUUACGCAAAUACGAAGAACAACAGCAAGUUAUUUCGGCAAAGGUUUCCGAAUUUGAGGAGAAAUUUAAACAACUUAGAACACACUAUGAAGAGAAUAAAGUUCGUCCUGCAAUCGUUUCGGAAACUGCUGAAAAAACAGAUGAUUUGUUGCAAGAAGUGGAAAGUACAUUGGUGGAUAUUGAUUCAGCGGAAAAGUUUACUGACGAAAGAAGGAAGAUGGUGAAUCGAUUGGAAACAAUUCGGAACGAUUGUGUUGAAAUGCAGAACUGCCUUAUUAAAGUUAAUGCGAAUAGCAUGCCAUUCAGUGAAGAAUGUAACAGUACUGCUACACAUGAGACAAUUACACACCAAGGUAAUACAGAGACUGAAAUAAUUCGUAAUGUGAUAUCAGAAAGCCGAUUCCCUGCUGGAUUAGGUGAGGUUGAUUAUGGGCAACCAAACAACUUGGUGGAAGAUAAAUUUGAUGAGAACAUGCAUCACAUGUCUUCGGAAGAAGAGACCCAGGAAUCUAAAUCCCAAAAUGACAGUUUUGAGAUCUUACAAUGCCAAAUGGAAACCUUAGCCAAUGAUGAAGAGAUCGUGGAUAUAAUAAUCUCAAAUUCAGAAUUCACAUCAGGGAAUUUGGGUCAAGAAUUUAACAUAGCCAAAGAAAAGCUAGAACUAGUUAAACAGAAAGAAAACCAGUUGCAGAUUAUCAAUUCCCAAGCUGUAAGUAUGUGGGAUAAUAUUCCAGUCAAGGAACAGGGGGUGUUUCAAGAGAAUAUUAUCGAAAUUAAAGAAAAGCUUGCGACGGCAGAGGAGUGUUUAAUGACAAGAAUUAAAAUGCUCGAACAAUGUAUGCAGACGAGGGCAAUGCUUGAAGACAACAUGCGAGAAUGCUAUAAGAUAUUGGAAACCGUGGAAGGCGGUAAGAAUUAUGAUCUAGCAAUGGUUAAGGAAUAUAUUGAAGUGCUGCAAGAUCCGAACAGUUGCAUUGAGAAUGCAAGUAGGCUGUGCUUUGCUUUAAGCGUUGUUGGGGAUUUCGAGGAAACGGGGAAUGUAAGCAAGAAGAUUCACGAUUUGCGCGAAAGGUGGGAUGAAGCCUUGGACCAUCUAGAACAACAGGUUAGGGAGGUUACUGAGCUGGAGGAUACAUCUUCAGUAAAUUGUCUAAACAAAGAGCCAAGAGAAAUAACCCAUGAAGAUGAUAUCACGAGGAACAGAAUCCUGUCAGUAGAGCAACAAAAUGUAGUUAAAGAAAACAUAGUGGAAGGUCAUGGAACUUUAGAUGUUCACGAAAAUAAAGCUGGUUCACAAGACAAUAUUAAUGGCGUCUCAGGAAAUGAUACUACUGAAGAGUGCACUGUCAAAGAAAUGGCUAAUGAAGCUGUUUGUAUGAGGGACAGCACAUUUUCAGUAGAGCAACCAGAAAAUUUAAUAAAAGGAAAUAUGGAGAAAGAAAUGCCUGUGGAAGGAGCUCUCAUAAAUUGUAAAGCCAAAGAAGAACUAGGCAAUGCUAUUGAAAAGGAUACCUUGGAUAAUGAGAACGAAGGCAUUUCAUUAGACUAUAUUAGUGAAGUACCAAAAGAAGCUACUUCGGAAGAAUUUAUUGUGAAAGAAAUACUCAUUGAAGAUAUUGCGGUGAGGAACAGAACAGUGUCAGCAGAACAACAAGAAAAUUUAGUAAAAGGAAAUAUGGAGAAAGAAAUGCCUGUGGAAGGAGCUCUUAUAAAUGGUAAAGCCAAAGAAGAACCAGGCAAUGCUAUAGAAAAGGAUACCUUGGCUAAUGAGAACGAAGUCAUUUCAUUAGACUAUAUUAGUGAAGUACCAAAAGAAGGUACUCCAGAAGAAUUUACUGUGAAAGAAAUACCGGUGAGGAACAGAACAGUGUCAGUGGAACAACAAGAAAAUGCCGUAGAAGAAAAUAGAAUUGAAGAUGGGAGUUUCAAUGUUCAUCAGAACGAACCUAGUUCACAGGAUAACAUUACUGUCUUGGAGAAAGAAGCGCCCUUAGAAGAUGUUCUCGUAAAUGGCAAAGUCUUGUCAUUCGACAAAAAAGAGAGUGCUGUAGAAUUUGAUACCUUGGCAGAUGCUCACGAGAAUAAUUACAUUUCUGUCCUUCGGGACGAAGCUAUAUCGGAAGAAUGUAUUGUGAAAGAAAUACCAGAGGAAGAUAUUCCCAUGAAAAACAGAACAGUGUCAGAAGAGCAACAGGAAUAUACAAUAAAAGACGACGUAGUAGAAGAUCGGACUUCUGAUGUUCAUGAGAACAUUUCAAUAGACUACCUUCCUGAUAUACCAGACAAAGCUACUGCAGAUGAAUGUAUUAUGAGAGAAAUACCAGAGGCAAUUGUUGUGAACAGAAGCUUACGAGAAAAACAACCAGGGAAUGUAACAGAAGAAAAUAUACCCAUACAAGGCGUUCUCAUAAAGGGCAACACACGGCCAUUGGAAGACAAUACUGUGGAAAUGCGUACCUUGGCAGAUAGUCAUGAAAAUGGAAUUGUUUCAAUAGAUAACAUUACCGAUAUACCGAAAGAAGCUACUCCAGAAGAAUUUAUUGUGAAAGAAAUACCGGAGGCAGAUGUUGUGAGCAACAGAAUCUCAUCAGGAGAAAACCAGGAAAAACGAGUAGAAGAAAAUAUUGAGGAAGGAAAGACUUUCGAUGUUCGUGAGAAAAAAGACAACAUUACUGGUAUGACGGAAGAAGUUGACUCGGAAAAAUGUUAUGCAAAAGAAAUACCCGUGGAAGUUGUUCUCACAAAUAGCGAAACCGAGUCAUUGACAGAACAAGACAGUGCUAUGUUGGUCGGAGUUACCAGGGAGAAAUGUUAUGCAAACGAAGUACCCGUAGAAGAUGUGUUCGUAAAUGGUAAAACCAAGUCACUGGAAGAAAAAGACAAUGCUGUAGAAAUGGAUACCUUGGCAGAUGGUAAGGAGAACGGAGUCAUUUCAAUAGACAACAUUACUGAUAUGCCGAAAGAAGCUACUCUGGAAGAGUGUAUUGCGAAAAAAAUACCAGAUGAAGAUGUUGUGGCAAGGAGCAGACCAGUGUCCGAGGAACAACGAGAAAGUACUUUAGAAGAAGAAAAUAUUGAGGAAGAGGGAGAUUCAGAUGCUUGUGAAAACGAAGCUACCGCGGAAGAAUUUAUGGCGAAAGAAAAACCAGAGGAAGGUAUUGUGAACAGAACACCAUCAGAGGAACGAUUAGGAAAUGUGAUGGGCGAAAAUGUAAUGGAAGAUGGAACUUUGGAUGUUCAUGAGAAUAAAGUUGGUUUUCAAGAUAAUAUUACAAGGGUAUCGGAAAAUGUUGGCAUUGAAAAUUGCACCGCAAAAGACGUCACCCAUGAAAAUAUUGACAUCGGGAAUGGAACUAUAUCAGUAAUAGCACAGCAAGAAGAUGUAGUAGUAGAAGAUAUCGUGGAAGAUGGGACUUUAGGUGUUCAUGAGAAUAAAGCUAUUUUACAAGACGAUGUUACUGGUGUCCCCGAGAAUGCUGACUGCCAAAAAUGUUAUGCAAAAGAAGUGCCCUUAGAAGAUGUCCUCAUGAAUAGAAAAGGCAGAUCAUUGGAAGAUCAAGACAAUGCUGUAGAGAAGGGUUUCUUGGCAGAUAGUCAUGAGGAAGAAGUUAUUUCAAUUGACGUAGCAGGCGAAGCUACUUCAGAAGAAUGUAUUGUGAAAGACACUCCAGAGCAAGAUGUUGUCACGAGGAACAGAAAACUGUUAGUGGAACAACAAGAAAGUGAUGUAAAAGAAAUUAUUGUGGAAGGAAGGACUUUGGAUAUUCAUGAGAACGAAGUUAGUUCGCAAGACAAUAUUACUGAAGAAUUUUCGGAAGAAGGUAUUGUGAAAGACAUACCACGAAGUAGUGUGAGAAACCGAACACUGUCAGUAGAAGAACUGGAAAAUAUAGCAGAGGAACAUAUAACCGAAGAUGGAACUUCAGAUGUUGACGAAAGCAAAGUUCCUACAAUUGACCGCAAUGCUGAUAUCUCACAAGAAAUUAACCCCGACGAAUUUACUGUGAAAGAAACAUCCCAGAAAGGUGUUCUCAUAAUUGACAGAGCCAAGGCAGAAGAGCAACAAGAAAAUUCUGGGGAAGAGAAUUCCGUUGAAGAUGGAAAAGUUCUUAAAGAUCAAGUCACUCUUGUGGAUGGCAUUCGUGAUAUCUCGCAAGAGACGAACACGGAAGAAAUUGAUACAAAAGAGUUGCCCCAGAAAGAUAUUUUCACACACGACAAAACGUUGUCAGAAGAAUACCAGGACGAUACUGUAAAGAAAAAUAUCGUGGCCGCUAUGAUUUCACAUGUUGAAGAGGAAGAAACUUCUUUAAAAGAGAACAUAAGUGGUAUCUCGCACGACAUGAACACGCAGGAAAGCAUUAUGAAGAAAGCACCAAAAGAAGACGUAUUCGUAAAUGGCAGAGCCAAGACAGAAGAACAACAAGGCAAUCCUGUAGAAAUGAGUUUUCAGACAGCUGGAACUUCAAAUCUGAUUCAGCAUCAACUUACCUUAGAAGAUGGUAUUUGUGAUAUCUCAGACGAUAGUACACAGGAUGAAAUUACCUCCGGAGUCCCCAAGAUGAAUAUCGAGCAGAAAGAAAUUAUCUGGGAUGAAGUUCCCCGAGGGGAAACUACUGAAUGUAAAAUUAACCAAUUUGAUAUUACCCGUAGUGGAACUUUCCCAGAAGGAAAUAUUGAGGAUGAAGUAAUCGUUACCAAAGAUGAAAUUGUCAAGAAAGAUGACAUUGUCAAGAAAGAUGACAACAUGCUACAGAGUAAUAAUACUUGUAUUCAAAGAGAAAAAUCUUCAACAGAAACUGACUUGAAUGACCACCAGACAAUGCUUGAACUAAACUUAAAAUAUUCUGCACUGCCUUCAUUCUGUGUAGCGAGCGAGGACGACACUUACAAAGAAUCCAAAGCCGUUGGACUUGAAGAUAUCUAUUACACUAUCAAUAAAGUUUCAAACGAACUAGCAAUGAUUAAAGGCAUUGAUCACAUACAGAAAAUUUCGCCACAGAACUUGCUUGAAUAUGAGCUACGGUCAUUGAGUAAACUUCGAAGCAUAGAAACGCAAUUACAGACUAUAUCAUCGGACGAUAUAAAUUUUGAUACAGUUGAAAAAGAUAAAAAGAGUUUGCUGAGUAAUCUGGUUAAGGAACAGCAACUUGAGAUAGUGAGAAUUCGGGAAGUGUUAUACAACCGUGUGAGGAAAAUUGAAAGGUUUUUUGAAAUAAAAAGAAGAAUGAAGGAUAGAAUUGAAGAAUUUGGUGUUAUACUGGACGAAGCAUUGAGCCUAGAGGAAAAUAAUUUUGAAUCGAAAGAAAUUUCCAGCUUGGAGGAUCGAGUAAAAAUGAUGGAAGAACUAUUAAGCAAGGAUGAAAAUCUUAGUAGAGAAUUUGUAAGUUGUUUAGAGUCGUUAUCAAGUGAAUAUCAAUCACUGGAUCUGACUUACGCAGAGCAAAUUCACGAUAGUUAUAACGUGAAGAAAUAUGAAGUGACAACCUUGCUAAAUGUGGCCAAAAAGCAACUUAAAGUUAAACUUGAGUUUGAAGAGGAAUUAAAUAGCUGUUCGGAAUGGCUAUUCACAAACGAGGAGAAAAUUAUAGCAGUGAAUAUUAAUACCGAUACAGAUGUUGCUUCUUUUGACAAAGCGAUUGAGGACCUGAAUAAUUUUCUGGUGGGUUUAGACGACAAGAUACAACGUUUUUGUUCGUAUUCCAUUACCGAGGGAGCACUUUUGAGCAUUUUACCAAAACAAGAAAGGCAAGUACUGUUGUCGAAGGCGAAUAACUUAGAAAAACAUUUAACGGAGACGCGAGCGUUUGUGUUAAUGACGAAACAAGAUACGAAAGCGAAAGGUGAUAUUGCAAAGUGUAAGGAGAAUAUUAAUGCUUGUCAGCUAUGGUGCGAAAAGACAAAAGAAUUCUUAAACUAUACUAACAAGAGUUCGAAAUGUGUUUUCAGCGAGUUAUCGGACUUAGUUACUGAAGGAGAAGCGUUUAUUGAAAAUAUAACGUCUGAGGAACGAUCUUUGAGUGCUAACGAAAGUUGUGAUGUGGUUGAAUUGGCAAAAGAAAUUCUUCAAACAGCUAAGAAAAGGCUGCAAGGAUUAUCUGAUAAAGAAGAAACGCUUAAAAAUCUUACGUAUGAGAUUUCAGAACUGGAGAGACGAAUCCUCGUCCGAUUCGACCAAAAUAAGGACACUGACAAUACAGAGAGCUGGACAUUCGAGGAAGAAAUUGAAAGCGCUCGAAACCGACUUCAGAAUAUUUCCAACGACAUAAAAUCUGUAUUUCCCGACCUCGAAACUUUCCCCGCUAAUUCGCCUGAGAACGAACUACUACGUAGAAACGAGUACCUUUUAGGAGAAGUCAACGAAUUGACGGAGAAACGUUUGUCGAUGAAAACUUUAGAGGAAUGUGAGAAAAUUGUGGAGGAAGCCAAGGAUGUUUGUAACAAGCCAAUGACGUUUUGUUUGGAUGUUGUUAAGAUGAAGAAAGAGUUAGCUGAGUUGGGAAAGAUUUCGCUCGAGUUGAAGGAUAGAGAAGCCAAAUUACAAAAGGUAGGGGAACCUGUGCUACUUUAUUUGCAGAGGAUAGCUCUAUCAGUUCUAAACUGUUCUUCCAGAUGUACAGUAAGGGACACCCUUUAUUGGUCUAGCGUUACUACAUGAGGAAACCUAAACUGUACCGACUUUAUUUAUUGAAGAUAGCUUCAUCAGUAAGCUGUUCUCCAUAGAAGUCUGGUAAAGUUUAACUCUUAUAAUUUCGGCGUUACUCCAGGAGGGAACCGGAGUACUCGCAUAAAACCUGCAGUGUUUGGAAGAGUCAAAUUGGAAGACACUUCUUGCAUAUGAGGGCGAAAUAAUCAGACAGCUACAUAUUGCAGAAAUCAAAUCUCGGUCACAUAGGUGAAAGAUGAAUGUACCAACCAAUGUGACAAGAAUAGUUUUCAUUGUAUAUUAUAUAAAACUCUCAACUUUUCUUGGGUUAUUGCAAUAGAUACAACCAUUGAGUGACGGAGGAGUGACCGACACGUGUGCCAGUUUGCGCGAGCAAGCAAGGGAACUGGAAACGAGAGAAGAAAAGAUAGCCGAGUUUCUGUCCACAUUACGUCAUGUGCUGAGAUCUAUCCAAGAACUAAAACACAUCAGUCAGGAGGAGAAUGAAGGUUUUGGAAACAUUCAAGACAUUGAGGUAUGUUUAUUGAUUAAAUAAUUAAUUUAAUAUUAUAUUGUCAUGUCUUCUAUUGAAAUCAAAAUGUUUUCUUGCUUUGAUCUCAGGCUUGAUAACACAGUUGUUAAUACCGGAGGUUCAAAUCUUGCAAUAUGCAAUUGUCUCGAAAUAUAAUUUUGCCUCGAGAGUGCUUCGGAUUGCCAUUGUAGUAACACUGGACCAAUAAGCUAGGUGAACCCUUACUGGAUCUCGAGGGAGGAUCGAAUAUAGACCAGCGACAUCUAUACAUAAAGUGAAUUUAAUCUAUACAGGUAUGCUUCUGUAUUAACACUGGAGCAAGCACUUAGCACUCGACCUCUGGGAAGGACAAUUCAUAACGAAAAAGCUAUAGAUAAAGUUAGUUUGUUUAAGCUUCCUUCUGUAUUAACACUGGAUCAAUAAGCGAUGUCUCUUGUUGAUGGAGCUAUGCAGUAGAAAUAGGAGAAAUAGUGCUUAAUAAAUAGUGCUUAAGAGAUGGCCCUUACUGCACCUCUUAUAGGUGGACGGUUUCGAGCUCAUAUAGAGCUAUCCAAUAUUAAUAAACUUUGUUUAGUUGUUCAAUUUACAUAAAAUUAUAUGGAGCACUUUUACUAGAUUAACACAUUGCUAAUACGCAUCAUAAGUAGAUUGUCUUUAAAAUAUGUUUUUGUCACUACAUUUGCUACGUAUUUUUUUACCACAGGUGAAAUGCAAAAGCUUGAAAGCGAAAAUCACUCAGGCUGAAAGUUUAACAAAGAAAGUGGAGCAAUUAUCAUCCAGCUUACCUCCCAAAGAGAAAGAUGUUUUACAAAGGCAAGUUCUUUCAUUGACGAGUGAUUUGAAGUUGAAAGUGGAGCAACUUGAGAGCGAUAGAAAGAGACUAGAAGAUUUUGAAUGCAGGCUUGAAGCUGUAGCGAAUAAGCUCAUGGAAUUUGAAGAAAAGCUGAAUAAAGUGGAGGAAAACAACGCUGUUUUUAUGAAGGUAAAUGGUUGUAGCAAGUCUAAAGCGCUCUAUUAUAUGCCCAGCACAAGAACGCACUUACUCACGUGAUGUAUUUUUUGGGGGAAAAUGCAAAGCUUUCGCUGUGAUAAGCUUUUGAGAUUCAGGACAUUGAGCUCCAUUCGAUGAGCUCCUGUCAUUUGGGGCAUACCCCUUCGAUAAGUUCCCUGUUACGACAUUUUGCCUUUUUAAACCCCCUCUCCCUAAAGUCAAUGUUAAAUUUGUUUCACCGCAUUUUUUUGUUGGGGGGUGGGGGGUGGAGUAAUUCACAAAAUGAACUGGGGAAGAGAAUUUCAUCAUGUGUGAUUUCAUUUUGACAGUGUACAUUGACUUUGUAAUGUUACGGGGUGCCCUCAUCCCUUUUGUCCAAGGAUUACAGCAGCAUGUUUUUUGUCCAGAAUAUGAUAAUACGAAUCUAUUAUAGUUAAAUUUUGGCUAAAUAAUCUAAAAAGGCUAAAUUCACUUAAUAAAUUUUUAACUUUAAUAAGAGUUUUAGGCGUUGUAUAUUUUAAAUUUAUAUAAAUGAAUUGUUUAAAUAUUCUGUGACAUUUUCUAAUAUAUCAGCUUACUUUCGAUAUAAUUCUUUUGCUAGGAUCCUAAACAAAUUCAUUUCUAUUAUUACAACUGACUUAUUACUUGCAGGUUUUCAAUUACUUGGAGAUGCAAAUGAACAUUUCGUUGCAGGUGCUUUUUAUAUUGAAAACAAAAAACAAUCAGCUGUUUAAAUAAAUUUCUCCCACUUUUUUUUCCGAGCUUUUCUAUACCGCACAAAGUCAGAAAAUCGUACCACUUAUAAGGUUGCAUGUCUUCACCACUGAACAACCAAAUUCCCAACGCCGUGCCAUAAUUCACAUUUCGAAAUAGCGAGAGGUAUCGAGUUUCAUCGAGGCAAAACAAUAAUAUUUUAUUAAUACUGUCUAGCGUCGAGCUUUUGUAUUUUAUACAAGAUAGCUCUUUUAAUCUAGCUGUAUUCUAUAUACAAAUUCCGGACAGUUACUGUACAAUAUAUAGAUAUACUUUCUGUAAAUCGUCGCAAGACGUUGCCUUGCCAACGGAUACGCUACAGUUCAAUAGACGUGGGGUUUGCCUUUCAUAAUUUACAUAUUUUAAAUUGGUUCGUGUCAUGCUUUUCUGGUGUGUUUGAAUGAAAUAGUGGUGUAACGUUUUCGAAAGUUAUUCACCGUACGAAAGGCUAACAAUUUAGCACCGAAAUGGACCUUAGAAUAUUGGUUAUUCCUUUGGAAGCGUAACGUUUAUACAUAUAAGCUUUCGCUUUGCUGUCAUACGCUGUUUACAACCUAAAGCGAUUAACAUUUCAACUUUAAUGUACACGCCGCUUUAAAAAUGGAAUACACUUCAAUCCUGACCGCUGUUCGCUGAAUGGAAUCGGAGGGGAACUACUUUCAUACAUUUUAUUUUCAGGCUUUUAGCGAUCAGUUCGCGCUUGUCUCAGAGGAAGUCAGUCAGCUUGCUGAGGAAGGGGAAAGUUUAUUGUCCAACGGCAGAGCAGACGCUGAAGGGCCUCUAUCUGCGAAGCUACAAGAUGUCAGGAGACGAUUUCUACGCAUUCAAGAGUUGGUAGAAAAGCAGAGUGAGUACGAAAGGUUUGAGAAUGCGGUACAAGAUUAUAGAAGGAAAUUCGACGAUGUCAAGAGCAGCCUGUCGUCCGUUGUUCCAUAUGAUGGCGUCACGCAUAGCUCUGUCGAGGUAAUAUUGUAUGUCUAUGUUAUAUUUGUUUUGUGUUAGCCGUGUUCACGCUGUAUGGGUUAACAUAGCAUUGUAGUGUGAAGCUUGUUGCACGAGGUAUAUUCAUAAACUAUUAUCAUUAUGGCUGUCCAUGCUAGGUUAGGUUACGGUAAGAUUGUAGUUUCAUAAUUAUUCUGACACGCUGAGUACGACUGAAUAUUCUUGCCUCUGACGAAGUGUGUGUUCGAACUGUCUAAAAAUGCUGUACAAAACAGUUUCACGUUUUGAGCGCAAGCCUAAUAAUGCCUUGUGACGAAAGCAUUUGCUCAAUAGUCAAAGUGUUCUUUUCAAGUAGAAUAGUUCAGAGACAAACUACGGCAGCUUAUUGAAUAUACUACCUGCAUUUGAGAUAGAUUACCUAAAACGCUAUAUAGUGACUAAGUGAGUGCUUGCUUCCUGUUUACUUGAAUUGUUUCUGACUAAAUAUAUGUUUGUAGGGCACGGUUACUGUAAUCCACAAUGCUUCGCAAUGCCAAUGCAUUCGUGUAUAACAUUCCUAGUAAUAUUUUCAUUGACUUUAGGAUAUUACAAAUACACAAGUUCAAUAUGUGUCAAUCAUUAUAGAACAAGAGUCGAAUGUCCUCAGCAAUUAUAGAGCAGAACACUUGCCACAAUUUUAACGCUUAUUUCGUAUUUUACUUAGGACUACUUUAAUUAUUUUGCGUUACUCCGCUUUCAAAUUAGAAUAGCGUGCAAGUGUACAAUUUCAUGCGAUUAUGUUGUGGCCAUGUUGACAUGCCAGAAUCCGGUCUGCGCUACAUGUGUCCGUUUUAUUAUUGUAAAGGAUAUAGUUUUAUGUUGUUCUUUUGACACGCGCAGUCGCGCACACUUAAAGGAUUUCAGUUGCGAUGCACAAUUGUUUGUGCAUGUGCGUCCUGUAGUAACACUGCAUCAAUAAAGUAUGAUCCUUGCUGGACCUCUAGGAAGAACAGUUUAGAACUGAUAGAGUAAUAGAGCUAUCCAGUAUAAAACAGUUAGUUUAGUUAGGUUUCCUCCUGUAGUAAUACUGGACCAAUACGAGCUGCAGUUAGAAUUAAUGGAGCUAUCCAGUAUGAACAAAAGCUAGUCGUCCAUUAUGGCUAGAGUACAGUUUACAUUACUAAUGACUUGUUCCUUUCAUUCAUAAAAGACAAAGUACGAUUUGAUCAAAGACGUCCUAUCAAAGUUUUGAUAUGCCGCUAUGUACGAUAAAAGAAUCUUUCAUAGUGACUUUUCUGACAUUGCUUAGAUCAAUGAACUAAGAAAUUUAUUCUUAGUUGAACCGCACUCUAUUGUGAAGCCGAAAGAUUUUAAUAAAAACCCAAGAAUAAUUAGUAACGCGUGCCUGUUCAUUUAAUUAAAAUGAAUUUCUAAUGACUUUUCGUUCGUACAAACAUUUAUUUAACGACUCUCCUUUUCAAGUGGAUUUUGUACAAAUAGAAAACACGACACAAGUCUCCCGACCCUUGAAAAUGUUAAGUCUUAAGACAAAAUUUAUUCACGUGGAAUUUCUACAAAUAGAAAACUCAGAACAAGUCUUCCGAUGAAAGCGUUCAGUCGUUUGGCUUGUUCAUUUGUCACAACACACAAAAGGUCAUUUCUAAACUGUUCUUCCUAGAGGUCCAGUAAGGAUCAUCUCUUAUUGGUCCAGUGUUACCACAAGAUGAAACGUAAACUAAACUAACUUUGUUUAUACUGGAUAACUCUAUAAUUUCUAACCUGUUCUUCCUAGAGGUCCAGUAAGGAUCAUCUCGUAUUGGUCCAGUGUUACCACAAGAGGAAACUUAAACUGAACUAACUUUGUUUAUACUGGAUAGCUCUAUCAUUUCUAAACUGUUCUUCCUUGAGGUCCAGUAAGGAUCAUCUCUUAUUGAUCCUGUGUUACUACAGGAGGAAACUUAUUAACUAAACUAACUUUGUUUAUACUGGAUAGCUCUAUCAUUUCUAAACUGUUCUCUUUUGAGGUCCAGUAAGGAUCAUCUCUUAUUGGUCCAGUGUUACCACAAGAGGAAACUUAAACUAAACUAACUUUGUUUAUACUGGAUAACUCUAUCAUUUCUAACCUGUUCUUCCUAGAGGUCCAGUAAGGAUCAUCUCUUAUUGGUCCAGUGUCACUACAGGAGGAAACUUAUUAACUAAACUAACUUUCUUUAUACUGGAUAGCUCCAUCAUUUCUAAACUGUUCUCUUUUGAGGUCCAGUAAAAGCAAUCCCUUACCAGUCCAAUGUUACUACAGGAGGAACCAUGAAGUUACUGGAAAAAUCUGCGGUGUUUGGUAGAGUCGAUGUCGAAGCACUGUAAUCGUAUAACUUACAUGCAUAUUGCUGAAUAGAACGCCUAUCUCUCAGGCGAAAGACACCCUAACAGCCCCUAAAGCAUGCAUGAACAGCUUCUAACCAAUGAUAAAAUGAUCUCUCUCCAUUGUAGGAAAAACAGUUUGCUUCUCUCGAUGAGAACUUCCAAGCACUUCAAGAACUUGGGCAAGAAAUUAUUCCAUCCGUUGCAGAAGAGGAAAAGACGAAUAUUAACUCCUUACUGAAUGAGCUAAGAACCUCAUUGCAGACACUAAAGGAAAGGAUAUCUAAGGACGGAAAUGUAGUUGUAGAAGAAACUAGGGGUACGAAAGGCUUGGGAAAAGGAGAAACUAGGGGUAAUGAAGGUUUGCGUGAGGACGUGGGUUGUUCCGUGGAGACUGGGGAGCGGAACGUGAUUCCCAUGAACCUGAGAUUUAGUGAUGACAGUGAUGAGGAGCAUCGUAUGUUAAGAGGUAGUAGCGAUGGAUCACAGUAUGGAUCAGACAGUGGUAUGGGGGAUUCGCUGAUGAAUACCCUGGCCAGUGAGUGCACGGAUGGCGUGAGUAAGGCACCCACAGUUUCACCAGUAAAUAACGUCGCUCGAAAGGAGCUGGAAGUCGACGACGUGAGUGAUAGUGGGGAUACCAUUUGUGCUGAACUUUCUCCGAUCAAUGAGCAUGAUAUAGAUGGAAUAAUGAUGGCAUCAGAUCACAUCGCUCAAACGAAGCCUGAAAGCGAAUGUGAACGAAAUAAACGUAAACAGAAAUCACAAUGUACAGACCACACCACUCAGGCCCAGGAAAGAUCACUUGGUUCUACCAAUCUUACACCAAAUAACUUAAAACGAACACCACUAAGACUUGAGGACGAGCUACCAGUUGAAUAUAGCGUUCCAUUAGACCAUAUCACUCACAAGACUUCAUUAGUAUUAGAUCAAGAUACCGAUGAUAAUGCUCUAAGUACCAUAGUUAAUGACAGAGAUAUUACUGAAGACAAUGCUGUAUUAACUAAUAUUGCCGAGAAUAUAAGCCACGAGUGUAACACGACGGUUUCCAAAACAAAUCCUUCGGCAGUUGUUGGAUAUGGUCAAUUGAUGGAAAUAGACCAAGAAUCGGAAAGCGAUUCGUUAGAGUACCUUAGUUUGCCACAAGUCACUCUUGACAAAGAUUCACAAUCACAGAAUAAGAUGGACGUGGAUAGUUUAAAAUUGAGAACAAUACCACACGAAAAUACAGAACUCAAAGAUCAGACAAACAACGACUCCCAUCCUUUCAUACCCGAAGAGUUUUUGCUUCCGGAACAUGCGUCCAUUGAUCCGAACCAACAGAAAGCCUCCUCGGAACAAGCACCCUCGGAAAUUAGACCCUUCGAACAAACGCCCUACGAGAUAACACCUUCCGAACAAACAUCUUCGGAAGAUUCUUCCGAGAAUAAUUACCCCCAGACAACUCGAGUUCACGAUAUCGACGAAGAGCUACUAUUGAGAGGUCAAGCUUUGCAGAACGUCUACACAGACGAGGGGGUGGGGGAAGAGCAAUACUUGGUGAAUGGUACGGACUACCCCCUUGUCUCGUGUGUCCCACCUCCCAUGAAGACCGUGGAAGAAUUCGUAGAAGAACCGGAUGUCUUGUUUCAGAGAUUGGUGGAUAUCGAGGUGAUGUUAAGACCACAGGGAAAAGACGAAGAGAAUCUCAAGUCAGCGCUUCUUAAACAUGUCGUAAGUAAUAUUUAACAAUUACUCACUGAAGUUGAGGUGAAUAGUGCAAGAAUAUUCAAGCGAGCAUAUACCACAACAAAACAAAAAUGACCAAAAACAACAAAAAUAUUUUAAAUUCAGAACAAUUUGUAUUUUUGCUCCCGUAAUAGUUGUAAACAAAGCAGUAUUCACGCGCUUUUAGUAAUUUUAUUCAUUAGAAAAUUAUUUAAAAGCACAGUUCAGCCUUUUGAAUGAUGGUUUUUAAGGCUAUGAAAAUCACUUAACUAGGAAAAUCAAUUCGGCAUAAUUCAAGAUCAGUAAACUCGAUGUUUUUAACAAUAAAAAUGUUUUAAAUGUUAAAAACCUUAAGGUAUAUAUGGCCUUAACUCUUAAGCCAAAAGCAUGGCCAUGGGCUUUGUGACGUACUACACAAAAAGUACUACGUACUACGGGAAAGCUGUCAUACAUUGACCAGUCAAAAUGACCGGCAAGGUAAGAAUUAGCCAUUCCGAAGUUGAUGAGAGGACUGGGGACGAAUGUUAAAAAGUGCCCAAAUUAAGAAAUGAACCAAAUCACUACAAAGACCACCUCAAAAUUAGUAAGUAUACAAAGUUUGAAGACGUUUACAUGAAUACCCUUCGAAUAAUAAGCAUUCACGAAAAUCAUGAUAUUUACUAUGAAAUGUACUGUAAUUUUUGUUUUUUGGGACGCGCGUCUCAAAAACAAUCUUUUAAUCAGUAAUUUCACAAUAUUCGAAAACUUAUUACUGAUUCGAAGGGUAUUCAUGUAAACGUCUUCAAACUUUGUAUACUUCCUAAUUUUGAGGUGGUCUUUUUAGUGAUUUGGUUCAUUUCUUAAUUUGGGCACUUUUUAACACUCGUCCCCAGUCCUUUCAUCAACUUCGGAAUGGCUAAUUUGACCGGACAACUUCGCAUUCUGGCCGGACAUUAGAGAGGUUAAGAUACCCCGGUUCCGGUCUACGGGUACGAGUAUCGCCAUUUUGUUUACCAAUUUUUGCUGAUGUCAGCAUUUUUACCCGUAAUUUCUAUCCGUUUCCCCGCGGUAAACCAUGGCUACACGUAAAAGAGAAACGGGUACGGGUGUUUUGUGUUUACUAUUUGUGGGCCGUUUAAAUAGUAAAAAUUUUCAACAUCUUACCCAAAUAAAUAAUGCACUUAUGCUUGUCAAAGUUUUCAACAAUCUAUGGCGAACCUCAACAGCGAAAGUUGCCAUUCUCUGAUAGGUUUACGCACGCCGGAAUAUCUUGGAUUUCUUAAGUUACAAGUCGUUCCCCGGUUUACGGGUACGGGUACGUGUAUAUUACCCGUACCCGUAAACCGGAACCGGGGUAUCUUAACCUCUCUAAUGUCCGUUGAUCGGCCGUUCGCGUCCUGUAAAAUACUCACUGACCUAGACCACAUAAAUGUCAUUGUUCCUUAGGCACUCUGUGUUGAGAUGAAAAACAUCCAGAGUAAGAUCAACGUCAUCAACAGACACGGUCAGUACUUCAUGAAAAAAGCACGAAGUGGCUUACGCGAGAUCUUAGAAGAGAGACUGAAAGCUCUGAACAAUCAGUGGGAUAAAUUGCAGGACCACGCUUCAGCUCGCCAGAAAGACCUGGAACAACUUGUUCAAGAUAAGGCUGAUAACGAAGUCUUGUCUGGUGAAGACAGUUCGUUGAACGCUCUUCGGAAUAAUACAGCUUUGCUCAGUUCGUUGUAUUUUAAUACUGAGAACGAGGUGAGUGGAAAUAUAGCUCCCCAGCCCCCUUUUCAUUGUUGAAGUUGCAUUACACACGUAAAAGUCUGACAACUUGUCAACAAGAUGUGUUCGCAACAGACGUGUACCACCAAGCUUGUCAACAAAUUGCAACAACGCUGUUAUUUUAUAAGUUGCUACAAGGUUGUCACUCACAACUUGUUGACAAAUUGUUGAAUUGCAGGGCGAUAACAAGUUGUUGGAAUAACUUGUAACAAGUCUGUUGAACUCAACAACCGUGUAGCAAGUUGUCAACAAGCCGUUGACAACUUGUCAACAAGCUGGGAACACGCAGUGCGAACACAUCCUGUUGACAAGUUGUUGAAACAGCAUUGCUACAAGUCUGCUGCAGGUUUAGUACAACUUGUGCGUUUUUACGUACGUAGGCUGCACUUAAGGUGGCUUACCAUUGACAACAAAGUUUGAAAGCCCUGAAUAUGGCAUUAUUUACUGUAGUACUUACUUAGUAACUUAAUAAUUAACGUUCUCCUCUUCUCCGUAAUUUUUUUUUAAUAAUUGCGAAACUUUUUUCAUUUCUUAUUAAGGAUAUUAAGCGAUUACUGAACAGGCUUGGUUUAUUCUCUGGCGAGGAAGACGAUAACGAAUCACAACAUCAUUUUGAUGACGAUUACCUGGACUACCAAUCAACUUUCCACGAUCUAUUUGAAUGGUUAACUGCCACUGAAGAGGAAAUUCAGAGUGUUUCCACUUCGGAAAGUGAAGUGAAGGAAAUAAGACAACGUGUGAAACGUCUGCAGGUAACAGUUAUGGCGAGGAGAAUUUACAUUAAGGGCCUGUUUACAUUGAGGUAGGGUAACCCUACCACUAUGGUUGCCCUACCAAGAGGGUAAAAAAAUAGCGAGUGUUUACAUGAGAUAUGGUUAACCUACCACAAGGGCUAUGUUGCCUAGGUAAAGAUAUAUUUAGGGUACAUGUAUCUGCGCAACUAAACUUAAGUUAGCACUGAGAAAAAAAUGUGAAAUCCAUACUAUGAGAUUUAUAUCUAUAGUAUGAAAAUAUACAACUUUCAUGGAUAAUCAAAAAUCCAUUCUAUUUCCAAUAAAGGUCCAUACAAUUUCCAUUCUAUGAAUUUUCAAAAAUUUUUCCAGUGUAGUUUAUUUAUACUGGAUAGCUCUACCAGUUUUAAAACUAUUCUUCCUGGAGUCUAGUAAGGAUCAACAGGUGAAAACCUAUAAACUAAGCUAACGUUAUCUGUACUGAAUACAGUAGUUCUAUCUAUAUAUAUAUUUUACCUUUAAAAAGGAUUUAUGCCGACAAAUUCAGCAAAAGAAACCGCAACUCAAUGAAUUGAUCAAAAGAUCUGAAAAAUUCGUCGAUGUUUCCAGCGAGAACAAUGAAGAACACGUGACUGAAUUACGCCAUCUCUGGCAUGACGUCAUGCUCAAAGCUUGUUCGAAAUUACGAGAUUUACAGAACGUACUCCAUGGUAUCAUGAUGAAAGGAUUGCAUACAGAAGGAUUUUCGAAAAGUUUGUCCGAGUGUCAGUAUGAUGUUAGAGAUUUGUUGGAAAGGUUGCAAGAGUGUUGCAGUGUUGAUGCGAGUGAUGACCCGACAGUUGCUGUGGCACAGUAUCAGGUAUGGAAGUAUUUCUGGCCAAUGGACAACUUGCAUGUUAGACUAAAUUUUAAUCUAAGUAAAGAGAAGGGAAUCAAACACCACAGCUAAAAAGAGCAUAAUGAAGAAAGCUUGGAAAAUAUAGUCUUCCAAAGUUUGCAUAUUUUGUAUAUGUUUGUAUUACGUGCGGAAAUUGGUACCAUUUUCGGCUCAAAAAUAGUUUUAGUAUUUUCCGUAUUUUACAACAUUUCGUAACCAAAUUUUGCAAUUUUACUAAUUUUAAUAAGUUCUUUACGGGAAUUUACUUUUUUUGCCUAGAUCAAAAAUUAGUCUAACAUGUAAGUUGUCUAUUUGUUGCGCUUUGUGUGCUACCGCAGUAAUCUUAUGAAGACACUCGUACGUUUUUGUAAAUACUGAAAAACCCCCUUAGUCAAGAUACGUCAAGAUUCACGUCGUCCUUUUUGUAAAUGCUUUAUACAGUACUACCAAUCACGAUUAUAACUAGCCAACUUUAUCACUAACUUUCUGUCCAAGUAUUUUCUAUCAAAAGGUGAGUAAUCCCAAUACCUGAUCGUUAUUUUCCGGUGCGAAAAAUUAACGCUCAAAAUAUAGUUUCACAGUCUAUCAUCAGAUGAUUUUAUCAUUUGGUGAAAGUGUUUUCGAAAGAAAAAUAAUUUUUUUGUCGUCUUUGAUUCAGGUGUUUUCUUCCGAAGCUGAUUUGUUAACAAGAGUUCUGGAUGGCUUGAAAACGUCUUCACAUUAUGCACAAAACUCCGCUGCUGUCAACGAACUAUCGAAGCAAAUCGCCGAUACGAAAAGCCAACUUGAAUCAUGGCGCAUAAGUCUAAACGAAGCUGGAGCUUUGGAAACUAUUAUGGUAACUGCUUCACUAAAAUUCUGCAAUCAAUUCUAUUAACCCGUCACAAGACUACUACAUAAAAUGAAAAGAAGAGCGCUAAUCCAGCUUCGAACAAGCGGCCCCAGUUUAAACCUUAUUAUUAAAAAUUAAAAUGUAUUUUUAUAAAUUGUCCAUAACCGUUGUUUUGUAGCGUUUUACAACGGUUGAAAAAUUGUAAAACCGUCCCCAAUAUUUAAUGAAACGCGUUCAAAAUCCUUUCGAUUUCUCCUGUUAGACAGUAGAUCCUACGCAGGAGAACGUUCAACUUGGUGAAAUUGCAGAGGAGCCAAGAUCACCUCGAAACAGACCCAAGACAUGGCCCGAGCAUGCUAGCCUGCUGAUACAAGUCAUGGAAGAAGUGAAGAAGUUUGAAAAUUGGUUAAAAUCUGCCGAGGAGAAUGUUGAAACGUUCAUUGGUAUCACUGUCCCUCAGACAUUGAACGAAAUGAAAUCGAAGCUAAAGGAAGUUCAGGUUUGUUCCGCGAGUACUUCAAGUUUAUUUUUUACGCACAGUUAAAAAUUAUUAGCUUUGGAAAAUUUUAGCGCCUUACGAUUCCUUACGACUUGUGGAAUGUGAGCCUAUUAGGCUAUCCACUCGUUCCUAGCGUCUUUUUUCUACAAAGAGCUUGAGGAAGUUGUUAGACGAUUAGAGUGAAUGUUAUUACUUCUUUCAAAUUAUUAAAGUCUAUUUCGGAAUCUAAUGAGCUUCGAUAUUCUAACCACAGAUUAAUAUUCUUAAUCUGUGUUCUAACGGAUAUUUAUUUUUUCAACAGCUUAUAGCCAGAAAUAUACACAACAAAAUCACCGAAAUGGAAUAUUCCCUGAACAGCCUAACUGGUUCAAAAGACGAAACAGAAUACCCCGAAGUCUGUGAGAAAUGUCAGUCUUGUUUAACUCGCGCGAAAGAACUACAGACUCGAUCAGACACACGAACCAGCGAACUGAAAGAUAUUCGCUUCCAAUGGGAACUAUUUGAAAGCCGUUUCUAUGAAAUGCUUCACUGGCUUGAAAAAACUCGAGCGAAUCUUAUUUUGCCGUUGAAAGAGAAAGACGAAGAUAGCAUCGAAUUUGUUUUAGGGAAAUUACUCAAAGUUCGUGAAAUUGAAAAGAAAUUAUCAGAAAAGGUAUAUAUAAAUACUGUAUAUAAACUUCCGUUCGUUUCAUAUCCGAAAUUAAAAGAAAAGUAAUUUCUGGAUCUUCAAAAAAAAUCCUUUAUCAAUGCAUGUUCUUAAAGAAAGAUAUGUAAAGAAAUUCGGAAAAGACAUUUGUGGAUCAGAAUUGUACACGUUAGUAGUUUCAUUUUGCUCAAAACACAAUAUUUUUUCAAAAAUAAUUGCAAGAUAGGUUUACUUCAAAAAAAAUCCUUUAUCAAUGCAUGUUCUUAAAGAAAGAUAUGUAAAGAAAUUCGGAAAAGACAUUUGUGGAUCAGAAUUGUACACGUUAGUAGUUUCAUUUUGCUCAAAACACAAUAUUUUUUCAAAAAUAAUUGCAAGAUAGGUUUACUAAAGCAAAAUCCGCGCUAAAAACGUCAAUAAAUAUCGGGCUGUUGUGAUUUUGCUGUUACUCGUAAUGAGCGUCAAGAUGGCGCCAUAUUGGGGGUAAAGGUGGUAUAUUGUGAUUGUCAUAUCUUCUUAACGAGUUCGGUGACCCCGACUUUUUUUGUGUGAUUUUACUUUAAGUAUAUCAUAAACUCCAUGCCUGGGAAGUUUCAGCACAUUCUCAUUUCGGGAACAAUUACUGCGGAAUUACCUUAAGUAGGUCGCAUGCGACAGUUUUUGGCAAACGUUGUGUAGUCUAAAUCAGCCUCAAAGUGGAUUAGUUUUUGGGGAGAAAAACUAUCGAACACGGGAGAGAACCGACCACAACUCUACUUCAUGAGUUUUCAAGUAGAUCGAAUGUGGGUACGGCAGUCACCUGUCAGGUAACAAUACCCUCCCCUCGACCUUCAAUAGCAGGUGUGACUGAGAUUAUAUAUUGAUUUAGUUUUUUUGUUGUCUUAUGUCGAAAGGUUACGGUAAAAGACGACGUUCUCCGACAAGGCGAACACGUCCACGGGAUGAUCGAGGCCGCCGGAGUGAAUGUCAAAAUUGAACAACUAAGGGAGGAGUGGGUGGCAAUUGAAAGUGACCUCAGUAAGGAACGUGUAAGACUUGAGAGAAUUAUGAAAUUAUGGAAAGAUUAUGAUAGGAAACAGGAGGAAAUGUAUGAAUGGCUGACUGCGAUAUUGUCCUCACUUCGUGCACUAGAACACCAGGAUAAAACCAUUGAUGUAGUGAAGAGUCAAAUCUCGUUAAUCCAGGUCAGUAACUUAACACUAAGAAUGAAAAAUACGUCGAGAACCUCGACGUCUCGAGCGAAGGUCAUUCGUUGGGAAGUUAGUGACCAAAUAUUCGCAUCUCCGUCCUCAUCAAGUUUUGUUCUUUAAAGGGAAAUGGCAAUAUAAAUUUUUAUUUUCGCACUUGAAAGAACUUUUGAAACUAUAUAUUAACUUCUUUUACCGAUUUUUCAUAUCUUGCUCAUUCUUGUUCUUGAAAUAUUUUCACUUGAAGUAAUGAGAUGUUCGCCAUCUUGGAUACAUUUUUUAUCUCAUUAACGGUUGCUUUGGUAACGUCACAACAGGAAUUAACCAUAUAAAAGUAUUCGUUGCUGACCAAAUAUUGAUUGGUAGAUGUUUUAAAGGUUUUGAGUGAUCUUGAUAUUUCGAAGGGCAGACAGAGUAUAGUUUUGAGUGCAAAAUGAUUAGUGUUUGUCUAGAUAAAAAUAUUGCGUGACCCCUGUUGUGACGUGACAUGCAUAUCUACAAAAAUUGAAGAUGGCGGACAUUUCAUUCCUUGCGAUCAAACUAUUUGUAGAAGUAAGCAAGAUAUGAAAAAACUGUAAAAGAGUAUUAUAUACAGUCUUAAAAGUUCUUUCAAAUGAGAAAAUAAAAAAAUAUAUUGCCAUUGCCCUUUAAUGGAUUUGAUCUCUUUUUUGUAGAAACACCACGACGAAAUAGAUAACCAUUUAAUGUUAAAAGAAUCCGUCGACCUUUCCUUUCAUUUUCUCAUCGACAACAUCCAAGGCGACGUGGAACGCCUUCAACAGAAACAACAAAAGUUAAACUCACAUUGGCAGGAACUACAGACUUUAGUCUCCGACCGUUUUGAUGAACUGGUCGCAGUGGAGUGGGAACUAGAACGAGCCAGCAUGACGGCGAGUGUCGAUGAGUUGAAUGGUUGUGUUGAAGUCGCGAGGGAAUUGGUACUAGUGCAGAUUCCACGAAUAGGAAGCUCGUCUUUGGAGGAAAUUAAAUCAUUGGUAGCUCGAUAUCAGGUAGGAUUUGGAUUUUAUACUGUAAGUCACUUAUCCAGUCCUAGGAUAAAUUAAUUGGACCAGCACAUGUGGUGUUGUGCUCACUACGCUUGCGUUUUAAGCUGGGAGACCCGGGUUCAUCCUUGGUCGGACCUCUACUCAAGGUCUUAAAAUAACUGAGGAGAAAUAGACAAUUCCCAUUAUAGACUAAUUUUAGAACUAGGCAAGGAGAUGCAAAUAAAUCACCACAGCUAGAAACAGCAUACUAAAAUUGGUAAAAUUUCAAAGUUUGCUUGCGAAAUGUUGUAAAAUGCGGAAGAUAUACCCUUGCAAAGUUUGCAAAUUUUGUGUGCUUUUGUAUUGCGUGCGGAAAUUGCUACCACUUUCGGCCUAAAUGUGGUCGGAAUUUCCGCACGCAGUACAAAAGUAUACAAAAUUUGCAAACUUUGCAAGGCUAUACUUUUCGCAUUUUACAACAUUUCGCAACCAAACUUUGCAAUUUUACUCACUUUAGUAUGAUCUUUCUAGCUGUGGUGAUUUAUUUGCAUCUCCUUGCCUGGUUUUAAAAUUAGUCUAUAAUGGGAAUUGUCUAUUGACAUGAGUAAGUGGUUAGACUUUCGCGUCUUCUCGGAUAUGGACGUUAAAUCGUAGGUACCUCAGAUCCCCUUUCAAUUGGGAAAUCCGCUCACCAAUGAGGGAAAAACUCAAUAAACUCAAUGAAAUGCCGUCCAGGUUUAAAAUAUCGUCACUGGCAACUUGAAAUACAUAAAUGUUUUCACAGAAUGGCAAACGGGAGUUGCGUUCGAAACAAGAAAAGCUGGAAGUAUUGAGGCGAAAAUCUAGGAAUGAAAAUAUGGAGGAAGAAAAGUGUGUCACCUUAAGGCAAUCGAUCGCGUGGCUUGACGAGGAUUGGAAACAAGUGACGUCAUCACUGAACGAAAAGGAAGAAUCUCUUAAGAUCUCGUUAAAUAAGUGGAUUGAUUUUCAGCGGCAGUUGACACAUUUGGUUGACACGGACUCGUGGUUUGCAACAAGGGAGGCAGCCAUGUCGAAAUAUCAACAUAUUUCCACUGAGAAAGAUAGAAACAUUGCUUUGGAAGAUGUUAAGGUGGGUGUGCGAUGUUACUUUUGGAAAAGCCCACUUUGCUGUGGUAUGUGUCUGAACUACUUGAAAGAAAUUAAAUUAAACUUUUUUCAGGUAGUUCAAACACAAACUAUGGCACCUUAUUUUGUAUUAUCUAACUUUAUAGUUCAUUUAGCAUGUUGUAAUUCAUUCAUUUGUUUUUUCCAUUCUCAGGCAAUGAAAGGCUUCCUGGUGACGCAGAAAAUAUCGGUAACAGCGUUUGUAGAGUCUGCCCGAGUCCUUCUGACCGAGGGCCUUUAUGACUCUGAGGAAAUAGAAGGGAUUCUAGGGGACAUUGAAGAACGAUGGGUGGAUAUAAAUACGAAAGUCAAUGACUGUGAAGAAUGGUUGUCUGAAAUGACUACCAAGCAUAAAUCAUGUCGGGACUCGAUUGGAUCAAUUAUGGCAUUCUUGGACGAAGCUGAGCUAAUGCUGCAGCCUUUGGCUUCGUUUGAUGGUGGUUUUGACAGUUUAGUUUCGCAGAAGACCAAAUUGUGUGUAAGUGGUUAGCUCUAUCAAUUCCAAACUGUUUUUCCUAGAACUAGAAGUACAACAAUGACCAUUCCUUAUAAAGGCAAGGUUACUACAAGAGAAAACUUGAAACUAACUUUAUUUAUAAUGGUUAGCUCUAUCAGUUCUAAACUGUUCUCCCUUAGGUCCAGUAAGGGCCACGCCUUAUCGCUCCUGUGUUACUACAGGAGAAAACCCAAGUCCUGGGAAAAAACCUGUGGUGUUUGGUAGUGUUGAACUGGAAUCACUCUCACAUGCGAAUGAAGUGAAAUUAUAGUCACACAACUGUUGUAAAUGUGGAAGGUUGACACAACACGGCGAGGAUAGGCUUCGAAUAUCUAGUAUGAUAAUUCCUUUUAUUUAAUUUCAGAACCUUGAAACUGAGUUGAACGACCUCCGCUCGACUGUGUACAACCUCAACAGUAUUUUGGUCGAACUGAACAACGUCUGCGAUGAAAGUAUAAUUUACGAACUUGACAAGGACAUACAGGAACUAAACCAGAGAUAUGGCAAUAUUACCGAGAAAAUUAGGAAUCACAAAGCACAAAUUGACCAGAUGAUUUCGGCUUGUCAAGCGUUCGAUAAAGACUGUGCAGAGAUGUCAGCCUGGCUUGAAUAUCAAAGUGAUGUUUUGGAUGGAGAUAACGAAGAAAUUGAACCGCCAUUGUUGGCUUCAGAACUUGCCCAGUUAAAGGAAUGUGAGGUUAGUUGAAUUUCGUAAACGUAGUGGUCCAGUGUAGGUAGUAAUCUACAAUAAGCUGCCAUGAUUUAUUUUGAAGUUUCCAGCGAACUUCCAGAACUUGCCCAGUUGUAGAGCGAAUUGUAUUACUGAAUCCAAGAAGGCACGUUUCAGUUCAAAUCUGUACGAGAAUUUGUUACAGUUAAUACAGAAUAACUUGGCGACAAUAACAUUGGUUGUUUUUGCUAUUUAUUUUAGCAACUGCAAGAAGACUUCGACAGACAACGGGAAUUCUUGGAAACUGUCAGAAAUCGCGGUCAAGAAUUGAAAUCCAAAAUAAAACAAGGCAAUGUCUAUGUGUCUCCGAAACUGACGAAACUCGAGCGAAAGUUUAGUGACUUUGCGAUUGCUUUGAACCAAAAACAAGAAAGGUAGAUUUCUUUUAUAAAACUUUUUAAUGAAUGAAUGAAUGACCCUUGUAUUGUUUCCGUCCUCUUAAUACAACAGCAUAUUUGCUAUGAUAAUAUUUUAGAUGGUCUUAAACAAAAAAUGUUGGUAGCAAAGCUGCUAACUUUAUUAAGCUUCAAAACAGAACAUUGUGGAACUGGUAGAACUAUCAAGUAUAAAUAAAAAUCAGUGUAGUUUAUUUAGGUUUAAUAAUGUCAUUUUUUUACGUCGUUCCAGUUUGAAAACGAAAACCAGUUCUUGGUUGGAAUUCUGUGAUAAAUUACAAGCUCUGGAUGAACGCGUUAAGGAGAGUGAGAAACAUGCAUACACGACUCGUUAUUGUGAUACAAAAGAGCAUUAUAGAUUGCUACAGGUAUGUUUCAACACGCGUCCUAAGGGACAGUCGUAUACAACGACUAUGAAUUCUAGUAAAGUCGCAUGAUCAAUUAUUUUAUGCGCUCAGUUUGAGUAUGACUCCCCUUUUUCAUUGAGAUAUGGUCGCAACAGGUACUCCCUUAUUUUAUACGCUCAGUAUGAGUAUGACUCCCCUUUUUCAUUGAGAUAUGGUCGCAACAGGUACUCCCUUAUCUGUAGCUAUGUAUCUGACCAGCGCUUCUGCGUCUCUUCCUACUGCGUGUCCUUACCAUUUCAAUCUUGCUUCCUUCACCUUUCUGUAAUUCCUACCCCCCACCAAAUCUUCUUCAUUCCAUAAUGUCUCAAUCCAGCUAUCCUUUAUCUCUUCUUUUCACGUCGCCAUACUAUCUUAGCUCUGUUUCCCUUACCUUCUCAGCAAUGUCUACCACCCCACAUUUUCUGAUCUCUUCAUUCCAUAAUGUAUCUGACCUGCUUGCCUUUGAUAUCUUCUCACAUGUCCAAGCCAUCUCAACCUUAUUUCCCUCACAACCUUCUUUGUAAUUUCCACCACCUCCCGUCAGAAAAGAAACGGGUGUAUAAGCGAACCUUUCCUUUUUCGUUCUAGAAAUUGAUUCGCGAAGCAAUCCAAAUGCGUCCCGAACUGGAGGAACUGAUGGAAUUCACUGAGGAAAAUUUCCUUGACAAGAACUCUGAACAAGGGAAGAGUGCCCGGAACGAAGUGGAAGAAUUGCGCCAAAGAUUAGAAAUUCUCACGGCCGAAUUGGAUUCUAAGAAAAGUGAAGUGGAGACAGUACAGAAAUUACAAGCCAAGUUCCAGGAACAAUGUCGACAUUUGAACGCUGUGUUGCAAGAUACUGAAGUAAAAUUGAUAAAUGGAGAGGAUGUUGAACAUUUACAUGAGCAGGAGCAAUCGUUUGAGGUACAUUAUGAUAUUUUUGCUAUUCGUUAUCAGAUAAGUACUAAUAGAACUAUCCAGAAAAAUAAAGUUAGUGUAGUUUAGGUUUCCUCCUGUAGUAACACUGGAUCAAUAAGAGAUGAUCCUUACUGAACCUCUAGGAAGAACAGUUUAGAAUUGAUAGAGCUAUCCAGUAUAAAUAAAGUUAGUUCAGUUAACUGGCUGAACCUCUGCGGAGAACAGUUUAGAACUGGCAGAGCUUUCCAACGUAGAUAAAAUUAGAUUAGUGUUGGUUUUAUUUUUCACAAGUUAACCUGGUGUUUCUUAUUUGCGUAGUUCUUUCAAAGCAACAGCGAUAGAUACAAAGAAGAAUUACUAUGCGCUCAACGUUUGGCUGAAACACUGGACCAAAACACGAACGUGGAUUCAAGCACACGCGCUGAAGUUGAAGCCAAGUUUAACGGGUUGAAACAGCGAUGGGAAAAUACUUGUCGUGCAGUUCAGAAACAUAAGGAGACUAUGGAUAAUAGGCUGGUGAAAUGGCGAGAUUUUAAGCGGAAACACAAGGCAUUUGUGAGUUGGUUAAGUGAGUUUGAGUCACGGCCUGGUCUACAACCUGUCUCCUCGUCUGAUAUAACUGAGUUGGAAAGCCAAGUGGAAUAUGUCGAGGUUAGCAUGAGGCUUGUUCUGUUCUGUUCUGUUCUGUUCUGUUCUGUUCUGUUCUGUUCUGUUCUGUUCUGUUCUGUUCUGUUCUGUUCUAUACUGUAUUAUAAACUGUACUGUACUGCCUCUAUGUCCACCGGCGCCUAUCUGUCUGUUUGUUUGUCUGUCUAUUUGUCACAUGUCCAUUUUCAAAAGCCAGAACUCCGUUUUCAAAUGGCAAAACUCAGUUUUCAAAUGCCAGAACUCCCUUUUCAAAUGCCAAAACUUCGUUUUCAAAUGCCAGAACUCAGUUUUCAAAUGCCAGAGCUCCGUUUUCAAAUGCCAGAACUCCGUUUUCAAAUGCCAGAGCUCCGUUUUCAAAUACCAGAACUCCGUUUUCAAUUACCAGAACUCAGUUUUCAAAUGCCAAAACUCAGUUUUCAAAUGCCAGAGCUCCGUUUUCAAACGCAGGGCUAAAAUAUUUUUUUGGCUACCUGCAAAAAAACUAAAUAUACAGUACAGGCAUGCUGUACUCUGUUGUACUGUACUGUACUGUACUGUACUGUACUUUGCUGUGCUGUGCUAUUAUACUAUUCUAUACGUACUGUUCCAACUGUGCUCUACUCCGCAAUUAUUUUCAAUUGCUAUUUUCCAUUAGGCAUGCCGUAAAGACCUAGACGCGCACCAAAGUGAAUUCGAGCUUCUUCACACAACAACUAAACAAUGUUUAACCAGAUCAAACGACACCGUGACUGACGCGGUUGAGAAAGAAUAUCACGAAGCCGAGCAACGCUGGCUACGAGUUUCCGAAUGUGUCGCCUCAAAUCAACGUACUCUGGAACUAACACUAGGUGAUUGGCAGGAAUAUACCACAGUUAUGGAAGACACUAUGCAUUGGUUGAGACAGACAGAGCUUUAUUUAAAAACGUGCAGUGCAGCGAGCUUGUCCGAUGUCGAGAAAUAUUAUGAAAGACUGAAGGUAUCAAGAAACAGUUUUUGUAUGAAAUUAAUUGACUUUAUUUAUACGGAAUAGCUCUUCGUCUAAUCCCACUACAGGAAAAAGCUGUAACCAAACUAACUGUAUUUGUACUGGAUAGCUUUAUCAUUUUUAAACUGUUCUUUGUUGAAGUCUACCAAGAGCUAGUCCGUGUUGGUAUAGUGUUACAACAGGAGAAACCUAGACUAAACUAACUUUAUUUAUACUGGCUCUAUUAGCUCUAAACUUUUUUCCCUAGAGCUCCAGUAAGGUCUAGUGUUACGACAGGAGAAACCUAAACUAACUUUAUUUAUACUGGCUCUGUCAGUUCUAAACUUUUCUGACAACCGCAUAUUAGAGGAACCGAACUCCGUUCACAUCAUACAUACAUCAAUCGCUGUGUCUCUACCACCCCACAAUUAAACCGAACUGUUAUAUUAUAGAUGAUCAUAAAUUAUCAUCUUUUAGGAGUUAAGCACUGAAGUAGAAGAACAUCGCCCACACUUGGAACUUUUGACUCAGCGAGGCAAACGUCUAUCGCGCAUGUCUUCAUACGCCAAUGCUGACCACAUCAACAACCAGGUUUCUGUCAUGGGUACCCUAUGGACUAACGUGUGCACGUGUUUAUCGACCAAGAUGCAUUGCACGAUUGAUUCACUUCAUUAUUUAAGAAAAUUUAUGGACAAUUUUGAAAGCCUGUCAGCGUGGUUACAUCGUCUUGAAAAUAUACUGCGCCGGGAUUGGAAACACUUCUAUUCUUGUAGUCCUGAGGAGCAACGCGCAAAAAUUAAGGUAUACGUUUGUUCUAUUUUUUACAGCUUUAUCGUUGAAGCAUUGUUUCUACUUAUUCUUUAACUCUCGUAAGGGGGUGUUGGUCGUUGAUCAGGCUCCAUUCCUACAAUACGCCACUCGUGUCACUUUAUACACAGUAGUGGGUAACAGCCAGGAUUUCUCAAUUGAGAAAAACGGGCAAUACCCAACAAGGAUAACCAUCUGAACCAUCCUUAAUUUGAACCCUAACCCUAAUCUAACCCCGACCCUAACCCUAAUCCAACCAUAAUCUGACCCUAUUCUAACACUAACCUUGGUCUAAAGCUGACGACGUUUUUUAAAUCUAAUUUAAUCUGGCCCUUUUCAUAACACAUAACAAUAGCACAGAAUAAAGAUCAGUAACAGAAGAGCCACUCAGCGGUGCAACGUGUCUUCGUUUUUUUAUGCAAAAAUAUGCAGUUUACUGGCCAGAAGGCGGAGCAGCCAGCCAGUACAGCGUGUUUAUUGGCCAGAAAAUGUCAUUGACUGGCUAGGAAAAUGGCGGCCAACAUGCGUAAUGCGACAUGCGCGAGGACAGAAACUUCAAAGCUUCCGGCGUAAAUGGCCCUUCUGUAUGGAUCUUUAUUCUGUGACAAUAGUGCUUUCCAGUAACGAUUCAAUGAUUUGAACCUUUCUGUUUUGAAAUUCCCACUGUUCUCCAUGCCAUCCAGUCAUUCAUUGUUUUGAAUAGCAUUUGUACUAAAGGCUUAUUAUAUUAUAAAAUAUUUCAGGCAUAUCGUAAAGAAAUCGAGAGUCACGAACCGCAACGAACGUCCAUCAACGAUUCAACUUUGCAGCUCAUCGACAAAGAGCUUGGGAACGAGUUAUUACGUCACAUCAUGGAACAACGCGAUGCGCUCAAUGAACGCUGGGAAGCAUUAUGUAUACAGCUAGGUAUAUCGUACAAGAAAGCUGAACAGACGAAAUAUUCCCUAAAGUUAUUGGAAGCUCAGUUAACUCAACUCAAUAAAUGGAUGUCCAGUGUCGAACGGCAGAUUACUGAGAUCAGUGGGGAACUGUCAUGUGAUAUAGAUGAGCUGAGUCAGCAACUAGUCGAUCUCCAGGUAGGAUGUAAAUAAAUUCCUGUCUUAACAAAUUGUUGUACGAUGUAGUCAUCAGUAAGUUAGAAUGACUGUUAUAAACUAAACGGUUCAAACUCAAUUUUAACUUCAUUUGUCGCAGACAGCUUUCAUUAGGAGUUUUAAACCGUAGCCUUAAAUAUAUGAAAAAGGUUGAGAACAUUUUCUUCCAUUCUCUAGAUAAGUCAAAGAGAAAUAAAUGCGAGAUCUCCGGAUGUCAUCUCUGUGUUAAGUUUGUGUGUGGUAAGUACGAAAAAUACAAAGCGUUUAGUAUUGAUUUUGAACUCAGAUUUUGUUUAUACUGCAGAUGCUUGAAUUAAAACUUAUUUCUUUUUCUCUCCAGAGAUUACAAAGUUGUGCCUUUCCAGACGAAGAUGGCUCGAGUGAUUUACAGAUUGCUAGGGACAGUUUUGAAUCACGUUGGAAAAAGAUUUCACGAAAUGUAGGACAUUUAUUAAGACAGAAUCAAGAUCGUAUCACGCUUUGCAAGGAGUUCAGAGAUGAUUACAAGCAGUUUAUAACGUGGUUAAGAGCGUUUGAAAAUCAAGUUACAGUUCCUUCAGGACGCUGUGAGGAUCUACAUGAACUAAGCUUGGAGAUUUCUAGACUUCAGGUAAAAGACUGUUAGCUGGAGCUCUAGGGAAACCAGCUUAAAACUCUCCAGUGUAAACACAGUUAGUUUAGUUUGAGUUUCCUCUCGUAAUAACACUUGACCAAUAAGUGAUGUCCCUUACUGGACCUCUAGUUUGAAUAGCUUAGACUGAUGUAGAGCUACCGAAAGUUGGUUAAGUUAGUUUAAUGUACAUUCCCUUUUAUGACAGGACCUGAAGCGACAAGUAGGAGCAAAAGGUGUCCUCGUGGAGCGUCUGUUGACUCGUGGGAACUGUUUAGUCAACAAUUCCACUUCAAGUUCGGCUCAAUUAAUACGACAAAUGAUUGCAAAAGUACAAGAACGCUGGUAUGACAUUACACAAGAACUUGACGACUCUAUCACAAAAUUUCAUCUUUUGUCCAAAGAUUUUGUUGAAUUUGACGAGGAACGCCGGAAUGUAAAUGCAUGGUUGACAGAUAUCGAAGUUCGCUUGAUUGGAUUGGAACAAGUCGGCAAUGAAGUAAUAAAUGAAGAAGAACGCCUUCAGGAACUGAAAGUAAGUGUAUCUUAAAUGUAUGGCUCCAGUGUAGGUAGUAUUUUACACCAAGCUGCCAUGGUUCGUGACUGAACUAUACCUGAAAAAGAUAUCUCAAACGGGGAGGUCCAUUGUAGGUAGUACUCUGUAAUAAACUGCCGUGUUUUGUGUCUGAACUACCUGAUUAAUUUCAUCGUUUUCUUUUCAUCAUUUUCUUAGACAUUGCAGCAUCAUAUCAAUAUGAAAUAUGGCUCACUAAGUGACCUCACUUCACAAGUAACGAAGCUAAAAGGAUGUUGCUCAAUCUCAGAUUAUCGUCUACAACAGCAGAAGGUUGAGGAGUUGAAAUUACGAUACGAACAGGUACAAAAGCGCUAUAUAGUGUCCUUACAUUUCACCUCUGACUGGGGUACGUUUCAUUCCUGAAACAUCCAGUUGUCUGUUUAUAAUUUGCCUCAGUCCCAUAUGGGAAAAGUGCCUCGAGUUUGAUUCUACCAGACACCACCAGCUUUUCUACGAGAACCUCUGUUCCCUCCUGUAGUAGUAACACUAGACCAGUCAAAGUGGUGGCCCUUACUAGACCUCUAGGAAGAACAGUUCAGAGUAUAAAAAAUGUUACUUAAGAUUAGGUUUCCACUGGUAAGAACGUUCGUUCGAUAAGGAAUAGCCAAACUAAAUCCUGGAGAUAACAGUUAUAGACUGUUAAAGCCUUUCAGUAAGAACAAACGUAGAGCUUAUUAUUCUUAUUUUAGGCACUUCAUUACUCCUUAACAUUGAUGCUCGACCUGGCUGUACCCAGUCCUUUUUCCUCUCCUGACCGUGUCUCGACUAGACUAAAUUUCUCCGAAAUUACCCCAUGA